GGUGUAUCGGGCGGUUAAACUGGUUUUACCGGAUAGUUUAACUGAUACAACCGGCCGGUUUGAACCGGUUUUUAAAACAUUGGUUUUACAGAUAAAAGAAAAAAAAGCGAGAUUAAUAAUAAAUAAAUUCAAUCCUCCGUAUCCAAGAAAUGCGUUCAUCUUCUCUGCCAGAAACCACCACAACAACUGACUGUCUGCUUGAAAUCGAACCUAUUUGCUGGAGAAUCGAAAUGAAUGAAUGAAUGGAUGUAUGAUCGAUUUGGCCCAUUGAAAUCGCUAACAAGAACUGUAGCUUGUUUAUGAUCAUCUAAUCAGAGCUUUAAGAAGCCAUUGUUGUUGCUGCUGCUACAUCCUUUAAAGUUAUAAGGUCGAUCACAAUGUGGAGGCCGGUAUUGAUGGCUAAAAUGGUUCGACAAUUCAGUUAUCUUGGACCCGUUCAGGCUCAGACCGUUGCAUACAUCCACAACCAGACAACUGUAACUACAACACCAAUGAAGCUACACACAGCCAAACCCGUAACCAAAUGCCAAAUAGGCGAAAACGUGUCAAGAAAUGAAAAAGUCAACUUUCUGGUCAAAAUAUUGUACGACCUUGACGAUAAUAAAGAAUCAGUGUACAACGCGCUCGACGCGUGGGUAGCAUGGGAACAAGAUUUCCCGAUCGGACCAUUGAAGCAAGCGUUGACUGGUCUCGAGAAAGAACAUCAGUGGCAUAGAAUCAUUCAUGUUAUAAAAUGGAUGUUGAGCAAAGGUCAAGGGACAACAAUGGGAACGUACGGGCAGUUGGUUCGGGCACUAGAUAAUGAUCAUCGGGUAGAGGAAGCACACGAUGUUUGGGUGAAGAAGCUUGGUGUUGACUUGCAUUCGGUCCCGUGGCAGUUAUGCCACCAGAUGAUUGGGGUUUAUUACAGAAACAAUAUGAUGGAACGGGCGGUUAGGCUUUUUAAGCGGUUGGAAGCGUUUGAUAGAAAACCGAGGGAUAAGAAGGUAGUGAAGAAAGUUGGCGAUGCGUAUGAGAUUUUGGGGUUGAUUGAAGAGAAAGAAAGAGUCCUAGAGAAAUAUAAAAGUUUGUUCAACGAGACACCGUCGUCUAAGAAAUCUUCAAGAACUUCGAAAAAGAAGUCAAAUGGCUAAUUCCACAUAGUUUCUAAAACGGAUGAGGUGGGUAACGGAUCAUACUGGGUUCAGGUUGAAACGUGUUGUUUUGAAAAAGUAUUAAUUUGGUUCUGACCCAAAUGGGUUCGCGUUGAAAAUGUAUGGUUUUCUUUCUUGUUUGAAAUAAGCAUCUGAACAAAAUUACAAAUUGUCAUUGUCUUA